AUGCGGCAGAAACGAGCAAAGCAGUAUAAACGACAUAUGACUCUAUACCAUAUUUCAUUUGGUUUUAGGGAACCGUAUCAAAUUCUAGUUGAUAGCUCGUUCCUCUUGACUGUUGCCACAUAUAAAAUUGAUAUCAAGACCUUAUUACCAAAGGUUAUGCAAGGAGUGAUUAAACACAUGUACACAUUAUGUGUAUUUAAUGAACUAAAAUCUAGUGACCAAAACUUUGUCCCCGAAUUGCUAAUUGAAGGUUUCGAACGCCGCGGGUGUCCCCAUAGAAAGAAACCCGUUUCCAGCGAUGAGUGCUUGGCAUCUAUAAUAGGUAGUGAAAACCAACACAGAUACUGUAUCGCGACCCAAAACCGAAACCUUCGUGAGCAAUUACGCGCUAUACCAGGAGUUCCAUUGAUAUAUAUAAACCGGACGGUAUUGAUUCUUGAGCCACCCUCUAAUGCCACUCUUGAAAAAGCGAGAGAGAUUGAACGCCUAAAAACGCUUCCGUCCCAGCAGGAAAUCUUGUUCCUCCACAAAGCAAACCCAGAUGCGACCAAAAACGAUCAGCUACCAAAUAAACGUAAACUUAAGCGUCCAAAAGGUCCAAAUCCACUUAGUUGUAAGAAGAAGAAGAAAAAAGAGAUUCCUCCACCAAAAAAGAAACGCAAAAAGGAACUUAAGAAUGAGGAAGGUGGUGAACACGAGACUAGGAUAACAGAAUAA